AUGACAUUUACUCAUUGGGUCUUGGUAGAGAUAGCUAUUGCCAUGUAUGAUUCUGAAAAGAAAUAUCAAUGUCAGUGGCCUAAUUGCCAGCGUCGGUUUUGCAGUGAAGAAACACUAAACCUUCAUUAUCGCAAGCAUACUGGUGAAAAACCUUUUAGUUGUGCUCUCUGUUUGUAUAAUUGUUAUGACAGAUCAAGUUUGAACGAACACUAUCAGAUACAUCAUGCCAAGGAUGGGAAUAUUGAUUAUGAUUCUAAGGAUAUUCACCACCAAAUGCCUUCGUCUUGUUCAUCACAACAUCCGGAGACGCUGGAAUACAGAGGAACUUGCACUGCUGGAGGCUUAGUAACACGAACAUCUACACCUGUACCAACUUUACGUCAUCGAAUGGCUGAUAUUUUAGACUCAUGUGCUCCCCAGGUUCCUGGACCUCUUGACGCAGAGAUUAGUGGGAUUUUGGAUAGCCUUGACAAAGAAUCGGAUCUACCAGACUUAUUUGGCAGUGGAGGAUUCGAAACAGAUCGUUCGAACACGGAAAGAAAAUUUAUAGAUAACUCAAAUUAG